AGUACAAUUUCUGGCUACUCUACCCACCUCUGUGUGGAGGUUGGUUAUGUUGAUGAAGUUGAGAUGAGUUACUAUGACAGCAACAUCAGGAAAGCAGAAUCCAAACAGGACUGGAUGAACAAAAUCACCGCAGAGGAUCCAAACUACUGGCAGAGAGAAACAGAGAAAAAAGUUUUUAGACAACAUGUCUCCAAAGACAACAUUGAAAUACUUAAGAAGCGUUUCAACCAAACUGGAGGUGUUCACACUUACCAGGUGAUGACAGGAUGUGAAUGGAAUGAUGAGACUGAUGAGGUUAAAGGUUGGCAGCAGCACAGUUAUGAUGGAGAAGAUUUCAUAUCGUUGGACAUGAAGACAUGGACAUGGACCGCAGAAAAACAACAAACUUUCCCCACCAAACUCAAGUGGGACCAGGACAUACGUCUACUAGCCGAAUAUAAGUAUUAUUUCACUGAGGGAUGUCCUUCUUACUUGAAGAAGUAUAUGGAGUAUGGGAAGAAGGUCCUAAUGAGAACAGAGCUUCCAGAGGUGUUCCUCCUCCAGAAGACGCCAUCCUCUCCGGCCAGCUGCAUGGCGACAGGUUUCUACCCCGACCGAGCCGACUUGUUUUGGAGGAAAGACGGCGAGCAGAUCUUCGAGGACAUGGAGCAGGGAGAGCUGCUCCCCAACCACGACGGAACCUUCCAGUUGUCUGUGGAGCUGAAAGUGGAGGUGACGGUUGAGGUGGGGGGCAAGUACGAAUGUGUGUUCCAGCUGUCUGGCGUCAAGGAGGACCUGGUCACCAAGCUGGAGAGAAAAAGCAUCCUGAGCAACGCAAGCCAUGAAGGCAAUGUGAGCGUCACUGCCACGCUGGCGGUCCUCGCUGUGGUGGUCCUCCUGGCGGCCCCCAUCAUCAUCAUCUUCAUCAUCAAGCGUCGCCGAAGCAGACAAGCCCAAUACGAUCCAGCUGCUGGUGACGGUGGUAACGAGCUCUCAGAGAGACGUGAAGGCUGAAGGCUGAGUGACACACAGCAGUCGGCACACAGUGAGGACUUUGCUUUUUCACGCACCUCCAAAUGUUCUUCUGACUUUGUGUGAAGAUGAUGUUCACUCUGCCACAUGCUAACAUCUGCACCUGCUUUUGUUGGGAAUGUGCUGAGUCAUCUUCUUCCUCCAGGAUGCUUUGUGCACUGGAACACAGAGAGAUGUCUCCAUCGCUGAGGGACCUCAUCACACUUGGACUUUUCUUUCACAUCUGCACAAAUUGCUCCUCGUCUUACAUGAUGUCUUCUUUGGCUGUUUAUGGCUGAGCAAAAACCUUCAAUCUGCAUUUGUCAACAAUAUUUUGCCAGUGAAUUGUGUUGAUGUUGAUCUUUGUGUCCAUGUAGUUGUGAUGUCAUCAUUUGGGGUUCAUGUGUCAUCACAUUGACAAAGAUUUCUUCUUUCCUUUUCAAACCAAUAGACAGCUGCUUAUCAGCGAAUAUCACCUUGUGUCACAACUCAUCAUUAUUUUUACCAAUAUUUUGGAACAAUAAUACCAUAUUUCGGGACUGUUCUAUGUUAAUGCUAUUUUUUUUAAUGUAGCAUUUAAGAAUGAUGAUUAUGAGAACUGCUGUCCAGUUGUUAUAUCUUGUUUUCUGAUGACAUUAGUCUCAUUUGCAAUGCAGUUGCACUUCCAAGACCAUUAGAUGGCAGCACUGUAUAACUAUUUAUGGUAUGUUGUCCAACUAGAAAGUAGAUUUUUUAUCAGGAAAUGUAUUUGUUACGUUGCGCCCUACAAAGUGUCAAUAUUGUAAGAAUAGUUCUCAUUACACAAAACUGUAAAAUUCUAACUAUAAUCUUAGUUGUUUCCUUUACCAAAUUCCAAGGUUUUGAAAUCGCCAUGUAAAAUCGCUCAAGUUAAUAGUAGCCUGUCUUUGGAAAAUCCUAUGUAAAUUAGCAAUAAGCUAGCGCAUUUUGGAAGAGUGUCGCGUUUGUUUACGUUUGAGCUGUUUUUUAUUAAGUACUGUGUUGGUGUUGAAAAUGGCAACAUGACUUAGAGGGACUUUGGCUGAGUCCGGCCUGAGUGCUGCUUGAGUGAUUGUUUACGUGAGCCCGUGUUUAGUCUGAAAGCAGACAUGACCAGUCCGAAACCGGACAUGACGUCACAUGCAACAAAGGUAUCGAACUAUGGCACAGUUUGAUUUUACGUUAAUUGAUAGUACCGAGGGAAUUUGGUCAUUACCUACAAAAGUACUGAACUUGGUAGCCAACACUACCAGUUAGUGUGACGGAGGGGGACAGUGACACAAGAUUUUUAUGACAAACCGUUGAAAAUUAUUUAUAUUUUUUGAAAAUAUUUGCUGUUUUUUUCCGUUCCUUUUUGCAUAGUCAUAUUUUUGCUUGAUUGCCAAACAUGCCGAGGAUGUCAUUUGGGAAGUAAACAAGGUAGGCCGUUCAUAUACUCUUGAUAUUCAGUGUUUUAUGUGUACAAUGUUUCAUGUACAUUCUGGGGGUUUUAUUCAGUAAAAACUUGUCAAAUACAA